UUCUAUUAUAACUAUUCUAUAGUAACAGUCACUGUUUGUUCAGCGUUUAAUUUCGGAAUGUAAACCCGUAAAAAAACCGUUUUUCAAUGGAACCGACGCCACCAAAACGCGUGAAAAUGGAGAACGUUUCCGCCGAGGAUGUUCCCGAAGUCAGCGGCGAACCGUCGGAACACUUCUCCGACAACGUCGAGUACGAGAUGUUGAUCGACGAAUAUCUCGAAGGGUUUGACGGAGAGUCGGAAGAGGAGGAUUCCGAUUCGAGUUUGUCGUCAAGUGGGUCGUCAAACUCGGAGGACGGUCCCCGGAUCAAGGCUGAGAAAUCCGCUUCUUUGGAAUAUGUUAAGCCGACCGAUGGAAGUUUGGAGGCUGGACCGGAUUCCAACGAAGCGAUCGCUCAGCUAGGUGAAUCUGGCGAACAGGACGUGACGUCUCCGGGGUGCUGGUAUCACCACAGCGAUUCCGGCAAAGAGUUCAUCAACGUACAGGAACCGAUACCGACCAAGGUUGCCCAGCUGAACUGUUCGGCCCGGCUUGUCGACGGUGACUUUGACAUUUGGUUGCACGACGUGGGCAGUUUGAUGCUUGUUGGCGAAGGAUUCAUAGCCAGGGUGGCACCGAUCGACGUGAACGAGUUGAGACAGGCCACAAGUUUCGCUCAGGCGAAAACCGUACUGUUAAGUCAACUCCGCAUCGUCCGAAUUGUGCUGGAUGACGCUACGACGGAGCGCGAAAGUCAGCGAAAAGAUCUACACGAUCUCUUCGCCAAAAUUCGUCAAGAUCGUUCCAGCGCCGCUGAUGCCGCUCAGAUUCUCCGAAUCGCUGAAAGCUCAAACGCACUCACGUACCGCGAACUGUGCGAACAGCUUCUCGAAACUCCGUUGACAUCAGCCAAGCUUAGGGAACAAGCCGCCAAACUGCUCCGGAUCGAGCGGGAAACCGAACGAAGAAACGAGUUUCUACAGCGUUUUUCUCCCGGCUUCUGCGACGAUACGCGGGAGCUCAACAUCGCGCUAGAACGGUUCUGCGAGGUUGUCGUUUUGAACAAGGUGAACGCUUUGCUGGACGCGCCCCAGUUUCUGCGCGAUCUGCUGGAUGACGUUCCGAUGCGGACCAUUUACAGAGUUCACGAGGACGAUGUUGCGGCGUUUCGCGAAAUGGAGAAGGUGCUGGACGUGGCGAUUUUCCGCAAACCUUUGACGGAUCUUGCGAAACGUUGGAUCGAACGGAUGAAAUCUCAAGAAACGAGCGAUCCGCUGGUGAACCCGAUGUACGUCUCGCUGUGUCGAAGCUUGGACGAGUUGAUUGCGGCCAUCAUCGCGCGUUCCGAUCACAGCCCGGAAGAAUUGCUCCGCAGCGAUCAACACGGAUGGCAUCCGCUGGAAACCGCGAUCAAGUGGAGGUCGGACACGGUACUUGCUGGGUGCCUUGAACGGGAGUACAACUUUCUGUUUCGACUGCUGAGUCAAAACGAGCGACCUUUUGAAGGAACGAUCGCGGACGAGCAUCGCGUGUGGUUCUGCCUUCUCGAGGAAGUUUUGCGCGAUCUAGACCUGGGCCCGUUCGAACAAAUCGUGGCGAGCUAUUUGCAACUUCUGAAAAAGUCAAACAUCAGUCAAGUGGAGAAGAUCCGGGUCGUCACGCACAGUGUUGGCCGCUUCGUCGUGCAGACUUGUCCCCUCGCAAGCAGCGUCGAUUCCGACGAGGACAAGCAAAUCCUGCACUCGCAACUGGGCGUCAUCAACCGAGCGAUGCUAAGUUUCGCCGAACCGUUGCCUGACCUCCUCGAGGUUGUCACCUGCUACUGGAAGAAUCGCUGUAAAAUCGUGGAGAAAUUCCCACGCAAGAAGUCCGGCGCCGAAAUGGAACAAAUCAAGAAAACGCUGCUGAAGAUCGUGGCCGUUGCGCUGCGGAAACAGGUCGACGUCCCCACCAUGAUAGCUCUGCUCCGUGCCGUCAACGCCUUCGUCGUCGAUCUGGACGGCGUUACGUUCGAGUGGUUGGUCAAGUCGCUGCCGGAAAAGCCGAAGAACGCCGCACUCGCACUGGAGUACAUCGAACCGGUUGACAGCAAGUGGAGCGGAACCUCGCACCAGGCGUACCGCGUCACCGAGGCGGACAAGUUUCACCAGCUGUUUGCGGUACUGCUGGACGGAGCGACCUGUCCGCGGAACUACGCCGUCGACGUGGUCAACGAGUUGCUCGCGUGCGUCCAGUCUCAGCUUGAGCAGCGCGGUUGGUCGGAACAGGACCAGAUCGUGUCCGUCGGAGCCCUGCUGACGGCAAUCGGCGCUUCGUUGGUGCACCUGCGACGGCAAGCGGAGUACGAGUCGUACGAACAGUUUCUGGAGGACAGCGUGCGGCCGUUUUGCGCCGUGGUUGAGCGGAGUCAGUCAAUGGACGAGUUCUGCAAGCGAAUACGGGGGAUCGAGGAAUCGUUCCGGGACGAGAUCAGCCUGUGGUUGAAGACGUUCGGCGAGUUGAACGACGCGGACAGUUUCAGCGCAGAAGAGAUGAAACGAACGUAUCUUCAGUACGGAGAUCACUUUGAGAAGUACGCGACGGAGUCUGGUCAGGCUCUGGCGAGUUCGCUGCAAGCUUCCGUUCAUCCGACGCACUUCAAAGUGUGGACACAUCAGUUCAAACAGACCGAGCUGCCCAAGAUCCUCGCCGGUGUGGCCGCAGUUUGGACGAAAGCGAGUUACAACAGGCCCCACUGCUCGCAGAUCAUGGCCGUGCUCCGGCUGCUCGGCGCGGACAAAUACAAGCAGGGCAUCCCGAAGCACUUGGCCCAGAUUCCCGCCGGUGGGGGAAAACCGCUCGUAUUAGCACUGAUCGCCGCGGUUCUUGCCCUAACCGGCCACCGGAUUCUGCUGAUCUACCGCAGCAAAUACCUGGCAAAACGAGACGCAAACAAGUUUGCCCGAUUGCUCAAGCUGCUCGGCGUUAUCGAAGCGGUUAAAUACGGCACCUACGACGACAUGGUCGACGCGGUCAUUGCUCCUCGCGUGGACGGCGAACCGCUGGAGCUGCAGACGCUGGUGAGUGACCUGAUACUUGCGCCGCCAGACAAGCAACGACCGGCCAAACUGAAUGCGCAGCAUCCGCCAGUUCUUCUCGUGGACGAGGUGGACGUUUUCUUCGACAAAGAAGUCUACGGGAAGGAGUACUGUCCCGGAGCGUUCCCCGUCGUUCCGGGCUUGGAGCAAAUCCAGGAAAAAAUCUGGAAGUUGGUCACCGAUCGUGACCUGCGAGAUGUCCAGGAAGUGAUGACACGAAUUGAAAAGCUCAUUUCCUCGCCGCGCUUCACGAGAAAGCAAGAGUUCGACACAUUCCUCAACAAUAAAACACCCUUCGAUCUGAUCGUAACGCUGAGCUCGGCCAACCACGUACGCAAACAGUUUACCAACAGAAACUUGUUCUACUCGGAGCUUCAAUCGAUGGUCGAGAAUGCCAUUUCGGUCGCAACCGACCGCGCCCAGCACGCCGACUUCAAGCUCAACCAACAGGGCGCGAUCACCUACCGCGACGGAGAUCGCUUCGUGACCUGGUCCAUUCCGGGCUACAAGUCGGUGUUCAACUACUUUCGGCUGAAGCACCACAACUUCGAGCUCAGAGUCGGCUCCACCAAAAACUACGGCUACCUGAACGUCGGUUGCGGACUAUUCGCGUACGCCCUGCUGCCAACGGCCUUCCCGCUGAUCCUGGCAGUCACCGCAAGUCCGCUUGCCACGCUGAACCACCACGAAAGAGAAACCCUCAACCGAUUCUACGCCAUCCACCAUUCGUCAACCCUACCAAACUCGCGCACCCAGUUCAAUCCCGCCGCAGACUUCACCCAUCGCCCAACCAAGCCACUCUGGAUGGAGCAGAUCCUCUCCCGAGCUAAAGCGCAACCCGUUAACCGGCCCGUCAUCAUCUUCUUCCGCACGUCCACCCUGCUGGAAGAGUUCCGUGCCCUGCACGCGCACCACCUCGAUCACGUCCAAGUCCUCACCGAGCAGUCAGCCAAGGAUCAGAUCGAGCAGGUUGGCACUGCCGGCCGGAUUACCCUGGCCACGCGCGGAAUGGCACGUGGCGUCAACUACGGCGAAGACCUGCACGUCAUUCGGACGUUCUUCUCGGUGGAAGAUCAGAGGGAGGAAGCUCGGAUUGGCGGGUGUUACGAGUUGAUUGUGUGCGAUGAACACUUGAAGGAGGAUGGUCUGGUUGGGGCUGAUUUCGGAGGGACGUACGCGGAACUGGAGGAGGCCCGAGCGGUCGUUUGGUCGCGGGAGAGUGAGUUUUCUCACCAAUUGUCCCAGCAGCCCAAUUCGUCCGGCACCGGCGCCGUAAUCGUCAAUUCUCAAUCCAUAACGAAGACGCCGAUGAGUAACUUGACGACACGGGUAGCCUCAAUAACCAUCUCAACGGACCAGACACUGGCGAAUGGCGUCCCCGCAACCGGACAGCCCUCGGUCGUGACCACCCAGCAACCUCAACAAUCCGCGACCCAAUCCGUCGUUGUAACGACCACGACCGGUGGCCAAACAGCGCAGAAGCGAAACUUGAUUGACAAUACCAAAGAAAAAUGCCGGAAAUUUUUAACCAACUUGAUCGAACUGGCAAAGCGGCAUCCGAAGCUCGUCGAGAAGAACGUCUUGAUGCUGAUCCAAGAACUGGUCGACGCCAACGUAGAGCCGGAGACGUUUUGCGAACGGCUCGUGCGACUACUCAACGUCAGCCCGAAGCCGUGCCUGGUAGGCUUUCUCAAGCAAGGCCUCCCCCUGUUGCGUCAAUCGCUCGUCACGAAAGAAAUCACAAUCGAGGGCAUCAAUCCACCACCCGCCAACGUAACCUUUUCCGGAUCGCCUCUGGCUCAGUUCCGGCCGGUCACGAAAAUCCUGGUCUCGCAGGCCGCUCCGCGUUUGCACGGCCCAACGCCGAUCCGCGUGCUGAUGACGCAGUCCGGAAUGUCAACGGUGAACCGGAUCGGUCAAACGACCAUUCGGCCGGCCACUCUGGUGCGGCUACAGACGCCACUGCAGCAACAGCAGCAGCGGGCCUACCUCACGACCACGAUGAUGGGCGGCCCGUGGCAAAUCGCCGCCCAGCAGAUCCGGCUAAACGCCGGAACAACCGUGGGCCAGACGGCAAUCGGGCAAACGAUGUCGAAGAUGCCGCAGGCGCUUCUACCGAACCAGCCGGCAAAGUCAUCAGAUGCGCCGGCCAACAACGCUCGUGACGACUCCGAUGUUUCCAAAGGGGUCUCCAAAGGUGGUCCAUCGCAAGGGGAUGACCCGGUCCAAAAGAAACGACUACGACUGUCGAAGUUGAGUGUCAUCGUAGAGGAGGAGAAUGGAGCUAAACUUAAGAAGGUGGUUCCAGCAAAGCAUCGGCAAGUUUUGCCCGCGCUCAAGCCCCAGCAUGUUCUUCCCUCUCCAGUAGAAGUGACCGGCGACGGAACGGCGAUCAAGGCCAUCGCAGACAACCCGAGAAAAAGGUCAUCCUCAAGCAACGUACCCACGGAAGAGCAGCAGUAUCCAAAGCGAUUCAAGUGCGUACAAUGCCCCAAGACCUACUCAAACAAGGGUGGGUUAUCACUGCACGUUAAGGAAAUUCAUUUGGGACGGAAAGAACCGUUCACUUGCACAAUUUGUGGAAAGGUCCUAUUUGGAAAAGCUGUGUUCAAGCAACACCUUAAUGUCCACAUACGCCCGUUCCAGUGUGAAAUUUGCAAAAAGACGUUUUCGCAAUACCGCGGAAAACAGGUCCAUCUGUGUGCAGGGAAAUUUAAGCCACAACAAUAACGCUUGCGGAACAUCGAUGCAAAUCAAAUACGUACGUAAUAUAUUUAGAUUUAACUGUUGGUACAUUUAAGUUUCUUUAAUUGCU